AUGAGAACUCAUUAAUUCAACUAGUCGACAUAUGUAUCAAAACCUUUAUCUCACUACUUCUCCCUUCAAUAUCCAUCAUUGCCAGAUUUACCCAAAAGAGAGUUCCCAAAAUUAAUAUAUGAUUCGAAAUAUGAAAUAGAAGAUAAAUAUUAUCGAAAUUAGAUCGAAAAUCAAUAAUAGUAGGAUUUCGCUUAAUCUCAACAGGAAUAUCAAAAAUUGGGUAAAACCUUUAACAAAUAUAAUGGAAAUUAAUAAGAUCCAGACUCUAUGAAUUAAACAUAUAGCAAUAAACAAAAUAACAAUCAAUAACAAGAACCUGCUAAUUCAGAAAAAUAUAACUAAAUCACAGAUCAGGACAUUAGGUUCGUUUCUUAUGUUUUUUAAGAGGAAAUCUAAUUUAGAAAAGAAUUUGUGCUAAUCAAUAAAAAACUAAAACAACUUAAACCAAACUUAUUGUAGUUGUUCUUUGCGUUUACAUCUGAUAAUCAUUAUAAAAUUGAAAAAUUUUAAUUCUUAGAAGUACUGCAAUCCUAUCAAGAUGAUAUCAAGAUUUGUGAUCUGGAACUAUUGUUCAACUACUUAAAUAAUUGGAAGCGUUCUUAAUCGAUUACUUAUGGAUAAUUUCUGUAACUUAUCGUGCCUUAUGUAAAAUAUGAAGAAAUGCCAGAUCCUGCUGAUCUAAGGUGUCAACAAGAUCAUCCUACUCAAGAAUAAAUGGAAAUAUUUUGUAGAUUGAUCCAGAUGAAAUUGUAAAUGAUGUCCACUGUUGAAUACUAUAGAUAAAAGAUUGACAAAUCUCUUAUUAAUUUAGUUUAGAUCUUUGAAUUCAUAGACCAAGACAGAGAUGGGUGGAUCAAGGCAUUUGAAAUCACCAAACUGUUAUGUAAUAAAUUAUACUUAUCGUACUUAGAGCAAUUUGGUUAUUUGGUGACUAUUGAAGAAGCUUCCCUUGUUUUACAAGAUAUCGAUGAAAGAGGAUAAAUUAAUAUUAAUUAAUUUAUUCACUAUUACAAACCAAAAUCUUUGGCUAUCUAUUUAUGA